CGGACGCUAGCACAAUCGACCACGUGUACUUGCAUCGCGCAGCCCUGACACGACAACAGGUUGGUGUACACCGUGUACAUUCGUAUACGCAUUGUGCGUGUGCGUUCGUCGGGUCUGUCAUCCAUCUCGCCCGGACGUAGCUCGGUUGGACAUGCAGCACGUCCUUGGCAUCCUCUCCAUUCCUUUCCCCUUCAUCGGUGGGUCCAGGCGACACGGUACUACAGCAUUGGCACCUCGUACAGCACAGAACGUACUGAACUACGACCUCUGGUACAAAAUCGCGACCUACCUCUCAGUAGAAGAUGCGCGCACUCUAUCAACGGUCUCCCGCGAAUGCCAUGCAGCGGCUGUUCGACACUCCCUGUCGUUCGUCAAGCCAACGGAUAAGGCCCAACUGCAAAAGCUCUGCUCCUCUCUGUCUAAUGCCGUAUACUAUCCCUCAUCACUCUUGCAUGAGCUGCAGAUAGGGCGCGAGGCUCUAGGGGCGCUAUCCUACUCCACCGUCUGGGUACCGCAUCAUUUCGAUACGGCGUCACCCAUCCCCGGUGGACUCGCGGACCUCCUGGGGCGGACAGUAAACUUGCAGGUCCUGUCGCUCCAUUGCGCAGAAGGCCUCAUUGAGGCCAAUCCUAGUGUCGGGGACGCACUCGCACGGCUUGAAUGGCUUGACUGCCUAGAGCUCAUGGACAUCGGCGAGAAGACGUUCGCCGUCACGAUGCGGAUGGCCAGUCGACCCACACAGUUCACUUUGUCAUACGAGACCCGCAAGUCUUCCGCCAGCGACCUUCUCACUUUAACACAACUGCCCCUCCUGGGGCGCGUGCGCACCCUUGGCCUUCACGGAUUCGUGUUCAACAACGCCCCAGUCAAUGCAAACCUCACCGGCGCCGACCUCAUCCGACCCUGGCCAGCUGUGCAGGACCUGCGCCUCUCGUUCUGCGCGUGGCUCCCCUUCUACCAGCUCUUCCCCAACCUGCGCAACCUCUCGAUGUUGCGGGUCUGCGGGAUGCCCAAGACGGACAUGGACUUCGUGCGGUGGCCGUCGACAGUGCCCCUGGAGCAUGUCGUCGCGGACCAGCACAACGUGCGCUGUAUCAUGGGCACCCCUGUGCGGUGGCUCGACAUCCAGACGUACUUCACAGACAGCGAUGCGACGCUCCGCGCAAUACACGAGACCACACCUGUCGUGUUGUCCAUGUUAUGCACCGAGUUUGAAAUGCACCACAGCGAGUUCUGGGAGGGCUUAGUUGCUACAGCGACACUACCACGGUCGCGACUGCGGUAUCUGAUGCUAACGCUCAAGUGUGUCCAAGCAGACGCUCUCCGAUGGCUGACAUGGCCCCGCUCCUCGCAGCGACCCGCCUACUCAGCAUCCGCCUCAUCGUCGUCGACGUAGGCUCGCUUUCCCAGGUCCAGGAGCAGCAGCACUACGACGCCGAAACUGGGGUAGCCCCGGCCGUAUGGCACGGCGACCCGCUUCGCGUUCCGUCCUACUGGCAAGAUUUCUUCCGGAUGGCACAAAGCUCACUCGCGGGCGCGA